UUAGGUUGGGGACAACCCCCGCCCUGCCCGAGCGUAGCUUGGCGAACGGUUUUUUUUUUUUUUUCCCUUUCCUGCCCCAGUUCUCGCGGGGAAAGAAGCUUCUGCUGUGGAGCCAUCAUGGCGGCGGUGGCCGGUUCUCCGUCUGCCACGCUCCCUUCGUUGGCGACAGCCACCGCUCCAAGUCCCGCCGCUCUGCCGCCCGGGCCGCCCGGUUAUCGGCCGUUUGAGCCUGAGGCGCUGGGUCUGAGCCCGGGCUGGAGGCUCACUAGCUACGGGGAGCUGCGCGGAUGAGGCUGCAAAGUCCCCCAGGAGACGCUGCUCAGACUCCUGGAGGGACUUAGCACUUCCCAUGCUGGGUUGGCCGGGGCCGGGGACACGGGGGCUGCCGGGAGUCCUCCUCCCACCCUCGGCAUUGGAAUGGACUCCUGUGUGAUUCCUUUGAGGCAUGGGGGUCUAUCCCUGGUGCAGACUACAGACUUUUUUUACCCCCUUGUAGAAGAUCCUUAUAUGAUGGGCCGCAUUGCUUGUGCUAAUGUGCUGAGUGACCUUUAUGCCCUGGGCAUCACAGAAUGUGACAACAUGCUUAUGCUCCUGAGUGUGAGCCAGAAAAUGACUGAGGAGGAGCGGGAAAAAAUAAUGCCUCUGAUAAUCAAGGGUUUCCGGGAUGCAGCAGAGGAUGGUGGCACUUCAGUAACUGGUGGGCAGACUGUUUUGAAUCCUUGGAUUAUUGUUGGCGGGGUUGCAACAGUUGUUUGUCAGCCCAAUGAAUUUAUUAUGCCAGACAGUGCAGUUCCAGGAGAUGUCCUUGUGCUUACCAAGCCUCUGGGGACUCAAGUGGCUGUAAAUGCUCACCAGUGGUUAGAUAAUCCAGAACGGUGGAAUAAGAUUAAGCUGGUGGUCUCCAAAGAAGAUGUUGAAUUGGCCUACCAGGAAGCCAUGUUUAGUAUGGCCAUGCUGAACAGAACAGCUGCCAGUUUGAUGCAUACUUUCAAUGCCCAUGCUGCCACAGACAUUACAGGAUUUGGGAUUCUGGGCCAUGCACAGAACUUGGCCAAGCAGCAGCGUAGCGAGGUAUCAUUUGUCAUUCAUAAUCUACCCAUCAUUGCCAAGAUGGCUGCUAUUAGCAAAGCAUGUGGUAACCGGUCCAGGCUCCUCCAAGGGACUUCUCCAGAGACUUCUGGGGGGCUGCUGAUUUGUCUACCCCGGGAGCAAGCUGCCCGCUUCUGUGCUGAAAUAAAGUCACCUAAAUAUGGAGAAGGACACCAAGCCUGGAUCAUUGGCAUUGUGGAGAAGGGCAACCAGACAGCUCGUAUCAUUGAUAAACCUCGUAUUAUUGAAGUCACCCCACGGGGAGCCAGUGCUUCCCCUCAGGAUAACAAUUCUAGUGCUAGCCCUGAAGUUGCCUCAUGAGAAGGGAAAAUGAUUUCUCCCCACUGUCAGCUCUGCAGUUGAAAAGGGCAAUACUCUGAAGUCCUGGGUCAGUGUAUAGUCUUAAGUUUCUACAGCACAAAUUGUCCAGAACUUAUCUCUUUAUUGGUUGAUGGCUGAUUCCUCCCUGCUAUCUGAAAUUAUUAGUUUUGAAGUGAUCUCCUGCAAGCAGGUAAAUUGCUAGCAUGGUGGAUAUGGAGAAUAUGGUAAUUCAAACUAUUUAUUGGAAUAAUUCUGCCUAUUGAGCUCUCCCAGCUUUUGGUCAGACUGAGCAGCUGAUCCAAAAGAAGGGUGGGUGAUUUAAAAAGCCAUUUGGCUGAGUUUAGAGGUCUCUCUUCUCUUCAUGAAGCAUCUCCCUGAAAACCUUACAAGGUCUUGGAGGAGCGGAGGAAUCCUAGAGGAGUACUGCUCAAGCUCAGCUUCGUGGAUUGUUGCUUUGGUUGUAAAUUAUGGGUGAUUGAGUUAAUAAAAAAUUGAUUUCUAAA